CGCAGCACUAAAUUUGGGGUGCAGGAAGCAGGAGGCCAGAAGUGGAAAGUAGAGUUAAAAGUGGGAGUUUGCAGUACCGGCGCUGACCCGCGGGGUUGACUGUUGGCAAUAGUCGUUGAGUGGCUUCCGACUUAAAUUUGGGGGCAGCGCGGGGAAUGAAUGGCAUGGUAAGGCGACGGGACCAAACUCUGGUUGCCCGCCGUUCCCACAACCCACCAGAACCCCAACCCCCCCUUACACAAAACCGACACGCGACACUUGAUUUCAUGCUAGUUCACAUCUCAUUAGUGUGGGGGUUCAACAGCGGCAAUUGACAAACAGACGACUUUGAAGAGUGAGAUAGCUAGGCCGUCAAGAAGCUGUGGGUUGCCAUCCUUCACCUGGGAGGAAUGUCGGGCGGCUACUAGAGGGCAUUUGAGGAGUGUCUGCCCACUUUCUUAAAGAACACUCACUACCUUCGUAACGAGCCCACAAACCGCUUGGCAGGAGCCCAAUAUCAUUUGUCGACUUUGCAUCCACCAACGAGAAACAUAAUUCUGUGACAGGUCUGGUGUUUUUAGCCUUCAAAACCUUCAUGAUAUCUUCAAGUACUACUUCCCAACAAAGCACCAUGACACCAUCAAUUCUCGAGCCUUCCAUGAGCCGGGCAAACGGCCACUCACAGGAAUUUCCGCAAAGCGCAGGUGUGAAACUCAUCCCUGGCUUCUACGUCCCAACAGUCGCAUUCUUUGAUCCAGAUACCGAAGCUAUCGACCUCGCCACAACAAGAAAACAUGCAAUCCGGCUCUCGCAGGAGGGGGUCACUGGUCUCGUCACACAUGGCAGCAACGGCGAAGCAGUCCAUCUUUCCCACAAUGAGCGCAUGCAAAUCAACAGCGCAACCCGCGAGGCUAUGAACUCUGUCGGCCGCUCAGACAUGCCACUCAUCGUGGGCUGCGGCGCACAAUCAACACGCGAGACAAUACAGCUUUGCAAAGAAGCCUCGGAAUCAGGCGGCCAAUUCACGCUCGUUCUUCCGCCCAGCUAUUACGGUGGCCUCCUCACUAAGGAGUUGAUCAUUCAGCACUUUAGAGACGUCGCAGACGCAUCACCCAUCCCGAUUAUCAUCUACAACUUCCCCAGCGCCUGUAGCGGGCUCGAUCUCAACUCCGAGGCAAUUAUUACCUUGUCGCAGCAUAAGAACAUCGUCGGCGUGAAGCUGACUUGUGGAAAUACGGGUAAACUUGCUCGCGUUGCUGCUGACGCAUCAGCCCCCUUUUUAACUCUAGGCGGCUCGGCAGACUUUACGCUGCAGACAGCGGUUGUGGGUGGUCAUGGGAUCAUUGGAGGAUUGGCAAAUAUUGCCCCAAAGGCAUGCCUCAAGGUCUUGCAGCUUCAAAACGCCGGGAAGGCGGCCGAAGCAGUAAGAAUGCAGCAUGUUGUUGCCAGAGGGGAUUGGGUUGCUAUCAAGGGAGGGUUUGUCGCUGUAAAGGUGGGACUGCAGGCCUAUUAUGGCUAUGGCGGCCUCCCGAGGAGACCGUGUGCCCUUCCUGAAAAAAAGGAUCUGGAGACGAUGAAUUCUGAGCUUGCGGAGUUAAUGCAGUUAGAAAACAGUCUAUGA